ACUAGCAGUCAUCGGAAUCAGCACCUCCUCACCAAAUUGCAACAAGAUCCAGCCGGAGCAAGGCGACAAGCAGAGAGCGGCUUCCUGGCUGGGUCGAGUGUGUGAGGCCACGCAGAUCACGGAGGGAGAAGAAUAGAAGGGGACCGGCAACAGCCAACAGGCGCGACGGUGCGGACAAAAGCCCCCCGCUUUUUGUCGGUCACCGCACCGCCCCCAAUAGUCCAAGACACAAGCAGCGUCCUCUACCUCGCCCUCGGGGUUCCUUCCGCCCUGCCCGUCGUCCUAGCGCCUCUCUUUAAAAGCCCACCUGCCGCCACCGUCCCCUCCCCUCCCCUCCCUCACCUCACCUGCUGCUGCUCUCCCGGUUAACUCUUCUCGAUCUCUAGCGCCCGUACAAAUCCACACCGCCAAGCACACAAGCUUUUAGACCUUUGCUUGCUUCACGGAGCAAAUUAAGCAGCGGUGCUCGCGUCGCCGUCGCUUGCCCGCCCGUGCCAACAAGGACGACCACCAGGACAACAAAACGCUGCCUGCCUGAUGGUCCAGGACGAGGGCUCCUCGUCGUCGGUCACGUCCUCCCCGCUGCACACCUUCUCCAGCAUGCCGCUCCACGGGUCGCCCGCCGCGGCGGGGGCCCCGACGCCGCCGUGGCUGCCGCGCGACCUCCGCUCCGACGAGCGCGGCCUCUGCCUCAUCCACCUCCUCCUCAACUGCGCGGCGGCGGCGGCCGCGGGCCGCCUGGACGCCGCCAACGCCGCGCUCGAGCACAUCGCGUCGCUGGCGUCCCCCGACGGCGACGCCAUGCAGCGCGUGGCCGCCGCCUUCGCCGAGGCGCUAGCGCGGCGCGCGCUCCGCGCAUGGCCGGGCCUGUGCCGCGCGCUGCUCCUGCCCCGCGCGGGGCCCACGCCCGCCGAGCUCGCCGCCGCGCGCCGCCACUUCCUCGACCUCUGCCCGUUCCUCCGCCUCGCAGGCGCCGCCGCCAACCAGUCGGUCCUGGAGGCUAUGGAGUCCGAGAAGAUGGUGCACGUCGUCGAUCUGGGUGGCGCCGACGCCGUGCAGUGGCUCGAGCUGCUCCACCUGCUGGCCGCGCGGCCCGAGGGCCCGCCGCACCUCCGCCUCACCGCCGUGCACGAGCACAGGGAAGUGCUCGCGCAGACGGCUAUGGUGCUCACCAAGGAGGCGGAACGGUUGGACGUGCCGUUCCAGUUUAACCCUAUCGUAUCCCGCCUGGAAACGCUGGACGUAGAGUCCCUCCGCGUCAAGACCGGCGAGGCGCUGGCCAUCACCUGCAGCCUGCAGCUGCACUGUCUACUGGCCUCCGACGACGACUCCGCCAAGGACAGCUGCCACCAACAGAGCAGCGGCGACAAGCGGCAGCGGAGCCCGGAGUCCGGGGUGUCUCCGUCCACGUCGCGCGCGGACGCUUUCCUGAGCGCGCUGUGGGGCCUGUCGCCCAAGGUGGUGGUGGUGACGGAGCAGGAGGCGUCGCACAACGCGGCGGCGCUGACGGAGCGGUUCGUGGAGGUGCUCAACUACUACGCGGCGCUCUUCGACUGCCUGGAGUCGGCGGCGCCCCGCGGGUCGGUGGAGCGCGCGCGCGUCGAGCGCUGGCACCUCGCGGAGGAGGUGAAGAACAUCGUGGCGUGCGACGGCGCCGAGCGGCGGGAGCGGCACGAGCGCCUGGACCGCUGGGCGGCGCGGAUGGAGGGCAACGGCUUCGCCCGCGUCCCGCUCAGCUACUACUCGCUGCUGCACGCGCGGCGGGCGGCGCAGGGGCUCGGCUGCGACGGCUUCAAGGUGCGGGAGGACAAGGGCGCCUUCUUCCUGUGCUGGCAGGAGCGCGCCAUCUUCUCCGUCUCCGCCUGGCGCGGUCGCCGCUUCGACUGAUGGACGAACGCGCGUCGAGUCGGCGCCGUGUCCUCCCCGUAUUUCUGCCAAGGAGACAGAUGUCCCUCGUGUCGUUGGCGUCAGGUGGCCGUCACGCACGUUGCUUUCUUUUGGUCGUUUUGUGUGUUCUGUUACUCCGUAUCUAGUUAGAUUUUAAUCAGGUCAGAUGGAGCCGACGAUGAUGAUGUGUUAAGUUUUGUUCAUAGCGUACCCCUCUUUCUCUCCAAUUUGGAAGGAUGGAAUUCAUAAAAUUCCUGCCAGGGACUCGAUGGGCCUGUUUGGGUCGGUCUA